GACUUGGCAGGCGUGCUUGGGCGAUUCCAGAGAUGUGUAAAGUCGAGGUGUGAGGGCGUAGCGGUGGGUCGUCGGAGGUGCAGCUACGAGUUCCGCGAACAAUUUGGGAAGGCACAAGUCGACAAGGCUGGCCUUGGCGGGCAGGUGCGCGGGCGCGGGAACCAGUCCGUCACUUUAUGCAACUUCUCAUCAUACCCCGAACAAACACACAAACAAACCUCGCGCUUACUGGCUGCUCACAAUUCACCGCCGACUCAUAUCACCGGGACCUUGAAACCUCACCGGUUCAUGAAGCUCCGUACAUAAUACCCCGCCGCUGUCUCCCCACCACGCUCCUUACUUCCUCUCUCCCCCACCAUCCUCCCGGACAACGCUCGACAUGGCCACAAACGGCGCCCAGCAAGUCUAUGAGCCUGUGCUGGCUGCGCACAACCUUAUGCAAUCGGUAUCAAACCGCGCACAGAAAGAGCAGGCACAUGAGUUCCUGGAAAAGUUUCAAAAGUCGCAAGAGGCAUGGACAACAACGUUGGCCAUGCUAGAGUCGAGUUCGGUGGACGCUGCAGCUAAGCUCUUCGCUGCCACUACCCUGAAGGGCAAGAUCGUAUACGACCUCCACCAGAUAUCACGCGAACAGCUACCACAGCUGCGAGAGUCUAUCAUGAAGAAUCUCAUCGUCUUCCGCGCUGGACCCAAGCCUAUAAGGCUGACGCUCUGUGUUUGUCUAGCGAAUUUGGCGAUACAGAUGACAGAGUGGAAGGACGUCCUCACAGACAUUGUCAGCGCCCUGGGAUCCGACCCAGCCACACUACCCUGCGUCUUGGAUUUCCUCCGCGUUCUCCCUGAGGAAGUCACGCAUGGACGAAAGAUCGCACUCACAGAACACGAAUUGACUAUGAGGACGGCUGAGUUGAUUGAGGACAACGCUGAGCAAGCCCUGAAGCUCCUCGUCGCCUACGCCACAUCGUCACCUGCUGCUUCCAGGAAUCCCCAGCUGCUCUACUGCAUCACAUCAUGGAUGCGCGAAAUACCUCUCGACUCCAUCCUGAACUCUCCGCUUUUGGCCAUCAUUAUUGACGACCUAAACUCCGACGACGACGCAUUUGAGGCCGCCGUAGAAUGUCUGAGUGCUCUUAUUGGGGAGACAAGGGAUGUCGACGAGACUAUGCAGUCCAUCUUGGUUCUAUAUCCCCAAGUGAUCGCUUUGCGAUCCAAGCUUGCACAAGCCGCACAGGAGGAGGACUCAGAGAAGUUCAAGGGUAUCGCCAGGAUAUUCGCCGAGGCUGGAGAGUCAUGGGUUCUGUUGAUUGCACGACUGCCAAAUGACUUCAGGGCUCUGGUUGAAGCUGUACUCGAGACUGCAGCGCUCGACCAGGAGCGAGACGCCAUCGCCCAUACCUUCAAGUUCUGGUACGACCUGAAACAGUACCUGACUAUUGACAAGUAUACCCCAGCGCGUAUGCAGAGCCUGGAUAUCUACUCAAAGCUCAUCGACAUCAUGAUCGGCCAUCUGGAGUACCCUCGACCUGAAGGCGGCGAUGAGAAGGAUCUCUUCGAGGGCGAUCGCGAGCAGGAGGAGAAAUUCAGAGAAUUCCGUCAUCAGAUGGGUGACGUGCUGAAGGAUUGUUGUGAGGUGAUGGGCGUCACAGAAUGUCUCCAGAAGCCAUAUGAUCUCAUUCAGCAAUGGGUGCAGACAUAUGGUGCUCAAGCUGGGCCCAACAGCGUGCCGGAGUGGCAGAAGCUUGAGGCACCGCUGUUUGCUGUGAGAGCGAUGGGUCGCAUGGUACCUCCGGACGAAGAUGUUAUGCUGCCGCGCCUCAUCCCGCUCAUCGUCUCGAUACCCGACCAUAACAAGCUUCGCUUCCAGGCCGUCAUGGCUCUUGGGCGAUACACGGAAUGGACAGCGCAACAUCCGGACACCCUUCAACCUCAACUCGACUAUAUCAUGGCUGCGUUCGAUCACUCUACGAAGGAUGUCAUCCGCGCGGCUGCACUUUCGUUCAAGUUCUUCUGCAACGAUUGUGCAAGCUUGCUGGUUAACUUUGUCGCGCCUCUUCAACAGUUCUACGCCAAGCAUCUCGAUCAGCUGCCAGUGAGCAGUCAAGAGGAGAUUACAGAAGGUGUGGCUUCGGUCGUGGCCAAGGUCCCUGUCGAGCAGAUCUACCCAACACUCAAAACCUAUGUCGACCCUGUCAUGCAGAACUUGGCUGCAAUUGCCAACCAAGCCACGGAUGAGGCGUCGCAGAAGCUUCUUGCAGACAAGAUCAAUCUUGUCACGAUUUUCAUCGAGUUCGUGCAGCCCGAGGUACCAGCAGGGCAGGAGAACCCUGCAGUUAAGUACUGCCAGGAGUUGUUCCCCCUGUUGGGCAAUCUCAUCACACAUUUCAACCAAAGCACCCCAAUCCUGGAACGCGUCUGCCGCUGCUGGCGAUACAUGGUGCUGUCGUACCGAACGGCUAUGCGUCCAUUGCUGCCGGAGCUUGCAACAAGACUGACACAGGGCUUUGACGCGUCAAGGCAAGGCUGCUUCCUUUGGGCCACCGCUGCUAUCGUACGCGAAUUCUCACAGGGCGUGGAGCAAGUGGACACUGGCUUGGCCAAUGACGUAUAUCAGUUCUACGAGCAGCAAGCAAGGACUUUCAUGAAGAUGCUGAGCGAAGUCAUGAAGCCAGACGAGCUCCCUGACUUGAUUGAGGAUUUCUUCCGUCUUGCCUCCGACAUGGCGCUUUACUUCCCCUCCGAAUCCAUCAUGUCGCCUCUCAUGGAGGCUAUCCUCCUCGCUGCCUGCAACGCACUUGCACUACUCAAGGAGGAGCCCAUCAUCGCGACGCUGCACUUCCUCCGUGACCUGCUUGGCUAUGGUCGCAACGCCUCUCCGUCGUCUAGCUUUGAUCGAUCACGACAAGAUGUUCCUCAGCAACUGCAAGACCGGGUUAAGCGGCUGGUCUUGACUGCGGGAGAGGUUCUCGUUCAGCGCAUUAUGACAGGCAUGAUGUACAGCUUCCCAGAGGGCUGCUUCGUCGAUUCAUCUGGUGUUCUCCUUGAUCUUUUCGAGCUCAACCCUGAGCAGGUCGCCUCAUGGGUCGCGAACACCGUAGCUUUGCUGCCGCAGGGUAGCAUCACACCUCAAGAAAGCGAGCGUUUCUUGAACAACAUUCGUCAACGUAUUCAGACUGGCGAUGUCAGGAUGAUUAGGACCAUCCUGCAGGACUUCACAACUAGCUACCGUCGCCGCAAUGUUGCGCCGAGAGAAGGUCUGGGCAGAUUGGAGGCUUCGCGCUUCAGGUUCACUGGUUAGAUGCCAGACACCCCGACGCGAGUUCUCUUCCGAGGAGCAGGGUAUGGACAGGGUAUACAAAUAGCUGUGUGGUAGUUGUACAUCAGUACGGCGGGUUUUGCUUCGACUGUAUCAAAGGCAUUGAGGCAUUAGCAUGAUGGAGCGAUGGAAUAGGAUACUUCUGGGUGACGACAUUUCGAAAGAUGGAUGGGUGGGCUUUUCACAACAGUUCACAUCUUCAUUAGAUAACGCUUCUUAUUUAUCAAUACUUACUUUGGUAAACAAAGCUCUGUUUUUUCAGGUCCC